AAUUUCUCUGCCUCUGCAUCUGCUUCUCUCGUUGCCUCUAUCCCCCAGGCGUCUUGUUGUCACAACAAUGGCGGCGCUGGAAGCUUCACUCUCCAUCUUCUCACUCUACCGUUCUUCUUCCUCCAAAUUACUCUUCUCUCAUAGACCUCCACCCUCAAUGAGUCUCCACUCCUCUGCUUUUAUCCCUUCCAUUUGUCUCAAAUACCCUCUCUAUCCUCUCCCCCUUCUCUACACCAACCCCACUACAAAGUUCAGCUUUGAGCUGUGCUCUUCAGUUCAGGAAAUAGAAGUAGAAACAAAACCAGAGCAAACCCAAGAGCCAAAUCAGAAAAGAAAGCUCUUUGUCUUGAAUUUGCCAUGGUCUCUCUCUGUUGUGGACAUCAAGAACCUUUUUGGGGAAUGUGGAACUGUCACUGAUGUGGAGAUUAUAAAGCAAAAGGAUGGGAGGAGCAGGGGUUUUGCCUUUGUUACCAUGGAUUCUGGAGAAGAAGCUCAGGCAGUUGUCGAGAAAUUUGACUCUUAUGAAUUGUCAGGGAGGAUAAUUAGGGUAGAGUUUGCAAAGAGAUUCAAGAAACCUUCUCCUCCUCCUCCUCCUCCUCCAGCAGGUCCUCCUGCUGGAGAGACACGCCAUAAGCUUUAUGUGUCCAAUCUUGCAUGGAAAGUACGGUCUACCCAUCUCAGAGAAUUUUUCUCCAGUAAUUUUAAUCCUGUUUCAGUUAGAGUUGUCUUUGAUAGCCCUUCUGGAAGAUCUGGUGGAUAUGGGUUUGCCUCAUUUGCCACAAAGGAGGAAGCAGAGGCUGCAAUUUCUGCUUUGGAUGGGAAGGAAUUGAUGGGGCGACCAGUUCAUUUAAAAUUUAGUGUAAAAACCAUUGAUGAAUCCGGAGAUGAAAAGGAAGGGGGAGACAUAUCUGAGGGACAACCUGAAGAAGCAUAAUUGACAUACACACAUUCAUUUGUCAUAUAGAUUGAGGGAAAAAUGUGGCGGAAACAGGAAAUUUCACCUCAGCCACACAAGUGGUGAAAGACAUUCUCUAUGGUCUGUACAUUUUUGUAUUAUGUUUUCCUUCUUGUUUCUUCUGUGAUACCCAGAGUAAAAUUAGAUAUGCCAAAAUUUGUUAAUAUCUGAAUUAUCUUUCUUGUAUGAGAUGUAGUGAUAAGAUUAGUUUCUAUUUAAGAAUGACUUGAUGUAAGCUCUUUUGCUGUAUUACGUAUUAUUUUGCCUUUGAUUUCUUCUAUGGCACCAAAUAUGAUAUAUUGUUAUUUUUUA